AUCAGGUGUUUCUCAUCACUUUGUUGUUGUGGAAAUAUAAAAAUGACAACUGAAAAGAAGUUUACGACGAUGAAUCAGUUGCAUAAUUUACUGCAUGAUGCUUUGAUAGCAACUGGCCAUGUUGAAAAUUGUGCUUUAAUACGUCGAAACGACGCGGCGAUUCGCGCAUCCUCAUCUGGUCUUACCCUCACAACAGGAGAGAUAACCAGUUUAAUUGAAGCGUUUAGACAACCUUCGCAUACUCGUGAAAAAGGUGUUGAACUUGGAGGACAAAGAUAUUCUUGUGUACGAGCUGACAAAUUCUCAAUUUAUGCCAAAACGGAAUCUAGUGGGUUAAUAUUGGUACGGUCAUCAACAUUUAUCCUGUUGGCCACAUAUUCAUCUGAAAUGUACCCAAGUGUUUGUGUCGAAGCUGUGGAAAAACUUGCUGACUAUUUCAGAGAAAAGGGAAAAUGAUAAAGAAGUGAAAUGAAGUAAAGCAAAAGUGUUUGGCUUCCAUAAAAUUCUCGUCGCUUUAGAAAAGGUUUUGUCGGAAUAAAUUACACUACACACUAUGGUCUUGUGCCAUGUACAGUGAGCAUUGUAACACAGAAAGUUUGAUGCGUGGAUAACAACACAACAAAUAUAAAAGUCCCUAAUUAAUGUUGUUAUGCAAUACCAAGAAAUAAUGAUUUUACAUAAGGUUCACUUUGACAGAUAAACUCUAAUCAACCGACGGUAAUAAUGGUCACUGAUAUGUAUGGCAAUUAGUUUGGCACAAGUAAAUCUCUCCACAUUCUCUAUACUGUGGUAGUAACAGCAAGAUCUAUAUAUUUACUUAACAUUAUGAUAAAAUUGUAUUCAGCAAUGGAUUUUGGUGGAUAUUGAUGGAUAUCUAAGUGGUAAAAAUAUAUUAGUUGAUGGAUAUUGGUGGAUAUCUUAGUGGUCAAAUUGCAUAAAGCAAUGGAUGUUCAUGGAUAUCUCAGUGUUAAAAUUGCAUUAGACAGUGGAUAUUGGUGGAUAUCUUGGUGAUUAAAUAUUACUAAACAAUGGAUAUGGGUAGAUGGAUGUUUAAGUAUAUUUAUUACUAGCGAAGAUUUCCCACUAACAUUUAUGAUGUAUCUACAUACUGUAUAUCUAAGCAAAAAAUCUUUGACAAUGUCAUUUAGUAACCCAAGGUCGAUAGAGCUUUCGACUGGUUCUUAUGACAAACUUAUUCAUUGUUAAUUUUGUUAAACUGAGUUUGUAACAAUUCAUGCAUUUUAAUUAAAUGCUAAAAAACUUA